AGGCGACAGAAGCGCCAGAGAACGGCGCAGGCAGAAGCGCAGCGCGUCGGGGAAAGCGUGGCAGAGCGGCCGUCUCCGUUCGCUCCUCCGGACCAUGGGCGCCUUCGUCUUCAGCGCAAGCUGGCUGGGCUUUCUCCUGUUGCUGCUCCUGCUGUUUCUACUGCUGGUGGCCUCCCUCAGCGGGAGGACUAGGUUCAAGUUGCAGGAAAAUUCAUAACUGUCUUAUUGGAUCCGCUUUCCUAUGAUGUGGUGCUUUGGGAAUCAUGUGCCAAGCUGGACUUUGGCCAAUAUGCACGUAUUUUGAUGAAACGGAUGUUUGAUGUGACACUCCCGAAUUAUGAUUCAAAUGCGGAAAAGGCCAUGCUAAGACCAGCUGGAUUCUUGACAUUGUACGGAAAUGAAAGCAAGGAUUAUGAAGAUGUUAACUGUCAAGCUAAAGAUCGAGCUCAUUCGAUGGAAGUUUAUAAUGUAUAUUAUAAAUUAGACCGAUUUUUGAUGAAAGCUGCCCGGUCAACUUUAAGUGUAGUGGAAAAACGGACAUUUUACAACACCAGGAAGGAUCUCUGGAACUUUUUUUCUAUGGAAAGACUGAACAGCAGAGAGAACCAAAGUGUUUGGUUGAAGACCUAUAAGGAGCACUUGGUAGACCUUGGUGUGAAUGAAGACAUGCAAACUAGAGCCAUGGUGCUGCAACUCUGGAGUACUCAGUCUCCAGUUCCAUCCUCUUACACGGACUACUUAUACGCAAAGGAUAGAGUUAGAAAAACAUACCCGUGGCCCAGAAUCAGAGACAGUGCCUUCAAUGAAAGCCUGCGUUUGUCAGCCGCGCCUUUUAUCAGCCGAGAGGUCCUUCAGGACAUGGCCCUGAGGCUGGCAGCUGGCAGAGAGUACCACCUGAGGAAAGGAGAUAGGCUUUGCCUCUUCCCAUUCAUAAGCCCUCAGAGGGACCCUGAAGUCUACGAGGAGCCAGAGAAGUUCAUAUAUGACCGGUUUCUCAAUUCAGAUGGCACAGAAAAAAAAGACUUCUAUAAAGGAGGACAAAGGCUCAAAUAUUACAAUAUGCCAUGGGGAGCAGGAAUAAAUGUCUGCAUUGGAAAGUUCUUUGCAGUUAAUAACAUCAAACUAUCUGUUUUCCACCUCUUAAACUGUUUUGAUUUGGAACUGAUAGAUCCUGCUCAGAAGAUACCAGGCUUUGACAAGGAGAGAUAUGGUUUUGGAAUGCUGCAGCCAGAAACAGAUGUCAGAAUACGAUAUAAAUUGAAAGACCAGUAAAGUGAUGGUUUAUUUCUCCAGUCAUUCUGUCUAGUGCAUAAUCUGCAAACAAUGUUUGUUAGUUACCGUUGGAAUUAAUUUUGGGGUCCCUUUACUAAAAGGAUGGCAAAUGUCUAAUAUUGGACCACAUUCUGCUGUUCAAUUUUCUGAAACUGUUCUCCACCUUGUGAAGGUUGCUUAAGUUUUUCUACCUCAUUCUCAGGAUGUUUCAGAAGUCAUGAAGAAAUCUGUCUAAUAUAAGCUAUUGUGGGUGAGGCCGUUACUUUUUCAGUUUGACCUCUCUCCAUCACUCUGUAGCCUCUCAGCUUACAAUGACUUCUUAUCUGAAAAAAAAAUCCUUGUAGAAAACAAGAGGUAGGGGUGUGUGUGUGUGUGUGUGUGUGUAGAUCAUAGGAGGAAUACUUUACAAUGAAUUACCAGCAUACUUCAUUUCUCGUUGGGUACAAUCAUAAUGGAAUUAAUGCAAAACACCACACUCCUUUUAUAUGGAUUUUAACUGAAAUUCCUUUCUGUGUUAAAAAAAAAAAAAAAGGCAAAAGCACUUUUUAAAAAUCAGUUUGAAUUCAGAAAAAUAUUCUGGUCCAGCGCUCCGUUGGUCUUUUUCAACUAUGGUCCUCCAGAUGUGGUGGCUGAGAAUUCUGAGAAUUAUAGUUUAAUGCAGCUGGAAAACAUCAAGUUAGAGAAGCUGAUUUCUACUUAUCUAUGAAAGUGCAUGUUAUGUUAUUCUGCAAGUUGCUGAUACUUUUGAUCAUAUUUUUGCAAGCCAGUAUUUCUGGGAGAGGGGGGAGAUGUUGAUGCAAAUAGACCAUUUCAAAUAAUACACAUGUGUAUAAUACACAUGUGUAUAAUCCGUUUAGAUUGGGCUUUUUGUGGAAGCCCAAUCUAAGGAAGCCAACUAAGUUCUGAGUGAAUAAUAAAUAUGAAUAAAAAUAAUUUGUUGGAUUGAAAAGUAACUGUAAACUAUUAAUUUAUCAUUCUAUCCUUAGAUUCUUCAAGAAAGAUUUUUAAAAACCAUCCCCAAAAAACUGUUAUAAUAUAGAAAGAAGCAGAUAGUAACUACAUCAAGUACAGGUAUGUGUGUGUUUACAUUCAUGUAUGUGUGUGUAUGAGAAACACACACAUAUAUUCCCCUGGCUGCAGGGGAAUCAGUGAUGUCAAAAUGGCAGACAUAAUAGCCAUAUGCACUCCAGACAGAUAAAGGGGGCAGGGGUUCUACCACUUGGUUGCACCUCCCAUUUUGAUAAUGUUUCUCUCCGCAGCAAACAUACCUAUAUAGCCCUGGUGGUGUUAAUUUGCGGCUACCCAUGAUUUCCUAUUGUUCACCUAGCUAGCUUGCUACUAUUAAGAACAGUAUUCCAAAAACAUUUGGAGGACUACAGCUUCCCUGCCCCAAAACAAUAUUGCACACCCAAUGACAUCAUCACAAAGCCAUCUACUGAAAACAGUGUUUUUUUGAGUCAAUAUAACCAGUAGAUAAAAAGCUCCGUUCAAGAGCAAGACCACAGAUUGCUGUUCUGUACCGCAGUAUUAAAAUACAGUUAUUCAGCACAGGAAUUAACUUAAGGUAUGUCCGCUUAAAGAAAUGUUGACUACACUUUACCAACAUCUAUUCUGCUUUGACAACAAAGCAGAAUUGGGGUGUCUGCCCACACAAGAAGCUAUGGGGAGAAGUGGCAUAGAGAAUGCCUCCUUUGAUGCCCAUUACUGACAGCAGACGACCUUUAAGGCUUCUACUAUUGGCUGUCUUUUUUCCAUCUUCUUUUCUUCACCUCCUUACUUCUGCCAUCUCAGAAGCUUUGUUUCCUUCUCACCCAGUGUCAACUCUUAUCAGGAUAAACCACCAACAACCACUUUCCUUAAAUUGUGGCAGGGCAGCCCGGGAGAAUAUGUGUCAGUGCCUCAGGUGAUGGCUUUUAUGUGGGCUAUUUCAGAACACAAAUCUACUGGGCGAACACUGGUCCAGCUGAAUGAUGGCGGGAUUAAAGUAGGGAUUUGGAGUGUGGAGUGAGCUAUCAGUAAGCUCCUGACCUAUUGGCUGGCCUAUUUUUGGACAGGUUUACAAGCCUUACAGAAGAAUUGCAGUCUAGUUUACCAUAUUUCCUAUCACCUGGCUUAGAAAUAGAAAAUGGCAGAACUCUUGUCAAUUUCAUCCCAGCUCCCAAAUAUUCCAGACAAAUAAAUGUGGAAAAGAAAUGCUAGAAGCAAGUAACUGCAGCACCCAGAAAUAUCACAUGAAGACUGGAAAAUGGUAUUCGAGUAGGCCAAAUGGCAUUAACUUCAUAUGCAACAACAUAUAUGUGCGAGGGGAACCUUUAUCUUUAUACCUAAGACCACCAGAAAAUCACAGAAAAUGAAAGGAAGGUGAAAAAAAAUAUACUGGAAAAAAGACAAAAGGAAACUAUUCUCAUUUUGUUGCCAAGUAAACACCAGAGUCUUUCCAUUUCCAGCCUUAAUGAGACAACCCAAUACUGGGUUCCUUAAAAAUAGCUUUGUAAAUAUGUAUCCAGGUUGUGUGUCUAUAUGUGUAUGUGUAUGUUUGUGCUUUAAUUUUCAACUUUAACUUUAGGAUUACAAUUUAUCCCUACUUAUUUGCAAGCACACUUUACUGAGCAUCAAUAGAAUUAUGCAGCACUCUAUAUGUUUAAAUAAGACUAUUUUAACUAUAAGACUAUAAGAGUAUCUGGACUGCAUUUCAUGCUAUACUAGGGUUAGACUAUGGCUUAUUAAACAACAAAGUGACCUAAUUCACAAAAGACAGCCAUUUUGUUAUCUGUUUGGUUAAAGAUACAGGGCUGGAAACCCAGUUCUAGGCCUGUCUUAGGGUGUCCCUGGGCCAGUCCCUUUCCUUCAGACCUAGGAAAAAGGACCUGGCAUUUGCCAAAAAUGUUGCUAAGAAAACAGCAUGGAUUGGUCCAAUGGAAUUGCUAGGUAUAUAUAGACACAAAAUUCAUACAUCCAAAUCCCAGACCAUGGUUUACAAACCAUGAUAGCUAGGUUCGUCUACUUUGAAACCGGUAUGACUUCAUGAAAAAUAAGACUCUAGCCCUUAUGUUUAAUUAGUCUUACUUUACAGUUAGUAUACACAACAAUUUAGCCAAUAUAACCAGCAGGACGAAUCCUUCCAUUCCAUAUGUACAGUACCUUUAGUUACAGCCAUAUUUUUCAGACUUCACAGUUUUGCGACGUGUGGGUUUGUCUAUGGUGAUUCUUAGUUAUCCAGGUUAUGGUAGUCCCAAAGGUGCUCUUUCAAGAGGCAACUGGAUUUUCUGGUUUUUCUUAGUUUCGAUUUUCAUCUAAGAAGCUGAAGAAGCUUCUUGCAUGAGGAGCGUAAAGUCUUCUAAGAAAAACCAGUAAGUCCAGUUGCCUCUUGAAAAAGCAGUUGGGAUGAUGUGUGGGCUUCAAUUUGGGGGGCUUAUUUCCACAUGUCUUAAAGCUGUCAAGUAUGAAAAACACUGCUUCAUAGGAUCUUCAACAGAUUGUAUAGAGCAGUGGUCCCCAAACUUUCUGGCACCAGGGUUCAGUUUCACGGAAGAAAACUUCCAAGGACUGUGGGCGGGGGAGUGGGGAUAGUUUUGCGCACAACCUAGACCUGCGCAAGCACAAAUGAAGCUUCACUCACUCACCUGCUGCUUUUGGGGCCCAUUUCCUAACAGGCAGUAUUGUUGGGGACUCCAAAAUAGAAUACAGCAGCUUCUUUUUCAGACACAGCCCGACACUUUAAAUGACAUACCAAGUAUGUUUAUACCUGAGUCCAGGGCAAAAACUACAGAAAUCACUUCUAUGGGAAAACCAAACCACACACUUUCCCGGUGUUGUUAUUAUUACAUUUUCCCCUUAAAGCUAGACUUUCAUUUUCCAGCAUCAAACAGAAGCAAGCAGUCUUUAGAGACUGCAGUUUACAAAAAAAGUAUGCUAUAAUAAAUGUAUUACUUCUUUAAAAUCCUAAGAGUCUGCGUAGUUUUUGCUGUUUAAUUUCCCUCUGGAAAUAUUUGUAGAUGCUGUUAUAAAACAAAAAUAAGCAAAUACUAUUGUAAAACAUUUCUUUUAAAUGAGAAUUGACACAUAUCUUUAACAGAACAAAGAAAUAAUCUCAGAAUUAAAUAAAAGCUUUAGGGGAAAA